GGCGUGAUCAGGAGGGGCGGGGCCGGAGUUAUGCCGGGGUUGCUGCUGCGAGUCUUUCUGCGCACGGGGUGCAAAGUUCAGAAAAACACAAAAGCGGCUCAGGCUUCGUUGGACCCCCGAAGAAAAGCUGCUGCAGCUGGCAUGGCCACGCUAGUCAAGAAGAUCAUCCAUACCUCCAAAGCUCCGGCGGCUUUGGGCCCCUAUAGUCAAGCAGUGCUGGUAGACCGGACCGUGUAUAUUGCGGGACAGAUUGGCAUGGAUCCUUCAAAUGGGCAACUUGUACCUGGAGGAGUAAAGGAACAAGCUAAACAGGCACUUAAGAAUAUGGGGGAAAUUCUGAAAGCGGCUGAUUGUGACUUUGGCAAUGUGGUAAAGACAACUGUUCUGAUGGCUGACAUGAAGGACUUUGAUGAUGUCAAUGAAGUAUACAAGCAGUUUUUCCAGGGUGACUUUCCAGCCAGAGCAGCAUACCAAGUUGCAGCUCUACCAAAAGGUGCACGUGUUGAGAUUGAAGCUGUUGCCAUCAGUGGACCGCUCCGCGAUGCCAAGCAUGACACUAAAGGCAAUCUUUAACCAGGGUUUGGGUUCAGUUGAGCUUGGUUGGUCAUGGAACUGGUGAUCUCUUUCAGAUACAACUCCUACACAAGUAGUUAUCCCCCGCCCCACCUCGGCCAUUCUAUCCUAUUAAGGCUCUAGGCUGAUGCACAAUUUGAUAGGAAUAACACUUAUUGUACAGCUUAAUGUCAUAAGCUGUUGGGUAACAUUGUAUUGUUUCAAGUAGUGUUUUGACGGAGAGCGGUUAGUGGUUUAUCCAGAAACUGUGAAUAGGAUGCUGAUAUAACAUGAGCUGUGGCCUGUAAAAGGCAAGCUAGCUUUACAAAUUAUUCUAUUGAAUCAAACCUUUAGAAGGAAAAAAUAAUGAAGGUUACACUGGAAAUACAAUAGCAGGGAGCUGAAGGUUGGUCAAUGGGCAGCCCAGUCGAGAGCCCUGGGCCAUGGGAUGCAGCACUCCUGCCACGCUGCCUUCAAGAGGGCUUCUCGGCAGCAAUGGGGAGGCAAAAAAAUGGCAUAAGUCCAAGUCCCAUAAGUCCAAGGCAAAGCCAGAUGGAAGCCAACUGAUCUUAGCUCCACUCCCUGGGCAUUCCCCUGCUACCCUGGCAGAGGUUCAGAAACACUGGCCACAAUGCAGAGCCACGGUGGCCACCCACUGACAAAUUUGCCUCUCCGCCAAGAUAAGUGCCCUGGGGAGGGAAGAUCUGCUGAUGCGGCCCCAUGGGCGGAUUUGGGGGCCCCUCCUUUGGAUGGGGCUGUUAAUGUUACCAAUUUACCUCUAAGCUUAUUACUAUCUACUGGACGAAAGUUGUGUUCUAACAUGAAAACAUCUUUUAAAUUCAUGUUUGCAGAUCAUUAACCAGCUGCAAUUCAUCCUGAUUUACGUGUUUUUGAUGAAAUUUUAAUAAACCAUGGUUAUAUAA